UGAGUGGAGAAGCAGAGGAGUGAGGACUGGAGGCGAGCGGAGGUAAGGGGAGGGGUACUGUAGUCGCUCCAUGACAUGAAUGAACCAUGUUCGGUAACGGAGGCUUAGCUCUCCCGGUUUGCUCCUUUCUCCUACUACACCUCCCGGUUCUCCCGCUCACCAGCAACUGGCCCGUUAAGGACAGAAGUGAAGGGAGGGUGGAGCAACGUAACAUCCAUCUGCAGUCACACAGCUCUGGAAGUCAGCAUGUCAAACAGACGGGCAACAAGGAGGAGGUGUUUCAGUGGUGGGGAGAGUGGUCCAGUUGGUCCUCCUGUUCCAGGAGCUGUGGAGGAGGAGUGAGGAGUCAGGAUAGACACUGUCUCAUACAGAGGCUGUCCACCACCCAGAACAUAAACAGUUCAUACUGUGUCGGCUCUCCUAAACACUACCAACUCUGUCCACACCAGCCCUGUCCCAGCCCCAGUGUAAGCUUCAAACAGCACCAGUGUUCCCAAUUCAAUUCCAAAGCCUUUGGAAGAAGAUACUACCAGUGGAUCCCUCUCUACCCGGCUGACUACAUCAGCAUCUCCAAUAAGCCAUGUGACCUGCAGUGUACCACCAUGAGUGGUGAGCGACAGCUGCUAGUUCCUGCACAUGAUGGUACAUUCUGCCGCGAUACCAAAUACCACGGAGUCUGUAUAGAGGGGAAAUGUCAGGCUGUGGGUUGUGAUGGGGAGCUGUACAGCAGUAGGACAGUAGACAGGUGUGGAAUGUGUGGAGGCAACGGGACGUCCUGCCAGCGCAUCUCUGGAUCAUACAGGAAGGCACUCACACAGUUAGGCUAUGUGUUCAUCACCAACAUCCCAGCUGGAGCUUCAGACAUUCAGAUCAUAGAGAGACACAAGACCGAGAACAUCCUUGCUCUGUCAGAUGAAGCUGGUCAUUUCUUCUUCAACGGAAACACAGUGUUUGACAACCCACAAAACUUCCACGUGGCAGGAACAGUGUUUAAAUACCGACGUCCAGGCAAUGUGUUCUCUGAUGGGCUGGAGUACAUCAUCUCCCAGGGACCCACACUACAGGGCCUCAAUGUUAUGUACUACAACCUGAAUGGGAAGCUCCCCCACAUCACCUUUGAAUAUACCACCCCCCGCACACCUCAUGACAUCAGCGCUGCGGAAAUCAUCACUACUGGACAUGUGAACCUAACUUAUAAUGGGGUGAACAGGGACAUGAUAGCGACCAAUCACAGCAGAGGGAGCAUAACAUCUGUCAAUCACCAAUCAGAUGUACAGCUGCAGGAAGAGGAGGAAGUGUGGGAGAUCAGGACCCCCAGCCCCCCUCCUCCUGCUGCCAUCCUGCUGUACAGAGCUGCUGAUGUCACCAGUCAUGUGUUCAGGCAUAAUGAUGUGGAGGAGCCAGGACCCCCAGGACCCUCUGGAUACCAAAGUUCCUCCAACUCAAUUGACGAGCCCGCCGCUGCAGAUGACAACACUCUGGUGCUGCCUUUCCCUGCACUGCCAGAAGACACCCCCUAUCUGCUGCUGGAGGACUUGCACUACAACCAGACACACUUACACACACACUCCCUCACUCAGUCAAACACACACUCUGUUGAACACACACUCCCUGAUCCACUCUCACUAGCACAAACAGAAACACAUUCAGACAUGCUCACAGACACACACUCUGCUACACACACCGAAAGAGAGAGUGGCACACACACUGGGGUCCUGGUACAGCUGCAGCAGGGGCCCUCCGUCCAGGCUGCAAACACUGAGAGUAAUGACUUUGAUGUGGGUCUGGAGCCCGACAUCAGUCUGGCGGACAUGUACCGCUGGAAGGUUUCUGCGUACGCUCCCUGCAGCUCCACCUGCACAACAGGUAUCACCACCAGUUAUGCCCUGUGUGUGCGGUAUGACGGCAGCGAGGUGGACGACACUUACUGUGACUCUCUGACCAGACCUGAGCCAACACAUGAGUUCUGCACUGGGAAGGAGUGUCCUCCAAGGUGGGAGACCAGUGGGUGGAGUGAGUGCUCCCGGACGUGUGGGGAGGGCGUUCAGUAUCGUACGGUGCGCUGCUGGAAGAUGCUGUCGCCUGGACUCGACUCGUCAGUCUACGACUCCCUGUGUUUGACACAUGACCUUCACAAACCGGCCAAUAGAAAGGUCUGCCACGGCCAGAGCUGCGGCCCCCAGUGGGAGGUGUCCGAGUGGUCAGAGUGCUCGGCGCGCUGUGGCUCUCGGGCCGUUCGCACUCGGGAGGUGCGCUGCUCCAUGGAGAUGAGACUGUGUAACAAGUCCUCUCAGCCAAUAGAAAGUGAGGAAUGUGAAGCUCCGCCCUGCGACAGAAGAUGGACUUUCUCUGACUGGGGGCCUUGCUCCGGUGUGUGUGGCGAGGGGAGGAUGGUGCGUGCGGUGACGUGUCGAUCAUCGGAGGGGGUGGUGAUGACAGAGGAGCAGUGUGACCAAUCACUGCGCCCGCUGGCCAUCUAUCCCUGUGGAGACAGAGACUGCGCCCCCCACUGGGUGGAACAAGAAUGGCAACAGUGUAAUGCUACAUGUGGGCGCGGGGUGCGGCAGCGGCAGGUGGUGUGUGCCGGGCUGGAGGCCGGUGUGUUCAAAGAGUCUCCAGACAGCAGCUGUGAGCAGGGCAGCAGACCAGAGAGCAGCUCCUCCUGCUUCCAGAGACCCUGCUCCAAGUGGUUCACCACGUCCUGGUCCCAG